ACAGCCUCCAGCAGCAGCAAGACUCUGGCUGUUCCAUCUGCUCAUAAGAAUAGCUGCCACCAGCACCCAGGGGAUGACUAGAGGCCAGACCACAGGCCAGCAAAAGAAGGCUACCCCACUUAGAUAUGCAGACCAUGUGGGGCUCCCGAGAGCUGCUUGUGGCAUGGUGUCUAGUGUUGGCAGCAGGUGGUACUGAGCAUGUCUAUAGGCCCAGCCGCAGAGUGUGUGCUGUGGGAGUUUCUGGAGGUCCUAUCUUGGAGUCCUUUGUGCAGCGUGUGUACCAGCCUUUCCUCACCACUUGUGAUGGACACCGUGCCUGCAGCACUUACCGAACCAUCUACCGGACUGCCUAUCGCCGCAGCCCUGGGCCAACUCCCACCAGGCCUCACUAUGCCUGCUGCCCUGGUUGGAAGAGGACCAGCGGACUUCCCGGGGCUUGUGGAGCAGCAAUAUGCCAGCCUCCAUGUGGGAAUGGAGGGAGUUGUAUCCGCCCAGGCCACUGCCGCUGCCCCGUGGGAUGGCAAGGAGAUACUUGCCAGAUAGAUGUGGAUGAAUGCAGUACCGGAGAGGCCAGCUGUCCCCAGCGCUGUGUCAAUACUGUGGGAAGUUACUGGUGCGAGUGUUGGGAGGGGCAAAGCCUGUCUGUAGAUGGAAUGCGCUGCCUGCCCAAGGAGCGACCCUCCUUGGUGGCCCCAAGCCCCACAGCAGGAGUGGACAGCAUGGUGAGGGAGGAGGUACACAGGCUGCAGUCCCGGGUUGAUGUGCUGGAGCAGAAACUGCAGUUGGUGCUGGCCCCACUGCACAGCCUGGCCUCUUGGGCUACAGAGCAUGGGCUACAAGACCCUGGCAGCCUGCUGGCCCACUCCUUCCAGCAGCUGGACCGCAUUGAUUCACUGAGUGAGCAGGUCUCCUUCUUGGAGGAGCAGCUAGGGUCCUGCUCUUGCAAAAAAGAUCUGUGAUAGCAUCUGGUCACCCAGGUUGGACUAAGCUGUCACCCUUACAUCCCUGCCAGCCGGACUUCAGGUGCUAUCUGGUGGUGCCUGUGAGCAGAAAGCCCUGCUUGUCUUUCCCUCUUUCUCAGGUUCCUAGGACUUGGGCAUGGGGAGAGGGCAUGGGGUCUUGUGACUCUCCCAAUAGGGCUUUCCAGGAAAGGUACGCGAGCACCCUGUCCAGAGGUGAGGUGGGGAUUGU